UCCACAGCAGGAGCCACAAGGAUAUGGAGGAACAAACCCUGGUACUGAUGAGUCUACUGGCAUUCGUGAUGAACCACCACCUCCUUAUUGAGCUCAUUGAUGUUAUAUGUUUUAUAUUUUUGUACUAUUUAGUACGUGUAUGCUCUUAUUUCAAUAGUCUACAUUUCUUUUAUUUUCUGUCAGAAUAGGUUAAUGCAGAUUCUAUAUGAAUAAUACUUUUCUGUCUCUUUAUAUUUCAAUUUGAAUACCAGCUCCACCCUAAAAUUAUAUCAUUGCUAUGAAGCUGUACAUGAUACUAUACUUGAAGAAUUAUAAGAUGUUGCUGCACUCUCAUGGCUCUACUGUUGGCUCUGCUCAGAGACAUUUCUUUCUAACUUUACUCCUGAUCUGUUUGAAUUUCAGUUCUAUCAAAGCUUGUACUAGUGGAUCAAUUCGUCUUGUUGGAGGAGCUGACGAUUUAGAAGGAACUGUUGAAGUAUGUAGAAAUGGAGCCUAUGGUACUGUCUGUGAUGAUUCAUGGGAUACUCGUGAUGCUAUGGUGGUAUGUAGGCAGUUAGGAUAUACAUCAGGGACAGCAUAUACAAAUGCGCAUUUCGGACCAGGAACAGGAAGGAUAGUAAUGACUUAUGUCUACUGUACUGGAUCUGAAUCAACCCUUACUAGCUGCCCUCAUACAAUUAAUCGUUAUUGUAGUCACUCUGAAGAUGCUGGAGUCAGUUGUGAAGGAGGCUCUGGCUCUGGUGAAUUAGUAGGAGCUAUUGUUGGAGGAGUAAUUGGUGGUAUUGCUUUCCUAAUUUGUAUGAUUGUUAUAUGUGUAUGGGCAGCUGUUUUACAUUUUAAAUCAGACUCCUCCAGAGCCAGACAAGCAGCUCCUGUAGUUCAAAUGACAUCAAUUCCAGCACAAACUAUUAAUACUAUAAUUGGAGCUUAUACACAAUCCGAGCCUAAGGCAGAAAAUCGACCUCCUCCUCCAUCUUACUCAGAUUAUAUGGAACAGCAGACACAACCAGCUGCACCAAUGGCUUAUCCUGGUUAUGCUGCACCAGCAGUGGGUUUUACUGUACAAGGAUAUCCUCAACAGGAUUAUCCCAGCAAGCAGCAGCAAGAAGCACCAGUUGGGUAUCCACAGCAGGAACCACAAGGAUAUGGAGGAACAAACCCUGGUACUGAUGAGUCUACUGGCAUUCGUGAUGAAUCACCACCUCCUUAUUGAGCUCAUUCAUGUUAUAUGUUUUAUAUUUUUGUACUACCUAGUCUGUGCUAUUAUUUCAAUAAUCUACAUUUAUUUUUAUUUACUGUCAGAACAGUUUAAUGCAAAU